AGAUUCGCCCCCAGAACCCGUGCCCCGGACCUGGCUGUGACCCCGGGGUCGUUGGACCCCCCACCCCGCCCCGCCUGCCGGAGCCCCGGGGCUUUCCAGCCGCGCCAACGCAUCGCCGGGCUGGUCCCCAGUCAGUCAGUCAGUCAGUGCCGAGCAGGGCAGCGAAAGGACGAAGCGCCGUUUAAGGGCAUCACAUCACUCACUCGGUGCAGAGCCGGCGGCAAGAUGAGGGGCGACGAGCUGGGAUACCGGUUGCUGCUGACCAUCUCGGGAACAGUCGGCUCCGUCGCCUUGAUCUACUCGGUUUGCAGCCGAGAUUGGUACGCGGGGAGAGGGCUGUGGUACAAGGACAGCAUCACGCAGCCGGCGAACCAGCUCAGCCGAGCUGUGGAAACAGAACGUGUGCUUGGUGUGAUUGCGAGUAUGAUGGCCGUCAUCGCCAUCUGUCUCUGUUUGCUGUUUAGCUUUUGCUGGGAUCCAUACACUUACAGUGAAUCCAAGAUGAAUCCUGGACGAAUUCGCCAUCCAGAAAAAUUGUUACUUACAGUACUGAUGCCAACUGCUCUAUUGUAUUUUAUCUCAUGGUGUUCAUACACCAGUCGUUACAAGGAACAAAUCAGGAGUGAUAUCACAAAACUUGGCUCUGCAUAUUGGGCGGGAAUCUGUUCUUGUCUCACUUUGUUAGUUAUCUUGCCAAUUAUACACUUCACGAAAGAGUGCGCACUUUCAGAACCAGAGACUAAUCUGAAGAGGAGCUCAGAAUUUCAAGAGAACAUAUAAAUAUUUGGAUCAGGAAAACCUAAAUGAAGUUUUCACAACUUUUGGGAUCCCGCAGCCAAAAGAGGCAGUGAUUAUAUUCAGAACUAUUUUAGGAAAUAAAGGACUCUAACUCUGAAAGACUCUCCUUUAGAAUUCAGAAAAGUGACAUUAUAUUAAAAAUAUUUUUCAUUGCAACGACCUUGAAACUUACUGAACUAUAUUAUGAACAAAAAAGGCCAUUGUAAGUGAAGAUGUUAUUAUGUGGAAAUGUAGUUGGAAAGACAGCAAUUACCAAUAUUAUUUGAACUUUAACAGUUAAGAUGCAAAAUCAUCACCUUCCCUUCAACCACUUUCAUCCCUCCCAAUGUUUUACACCAUCAUCCUACUUGCUAAGUAACCUCAAACAAGUAUUACCUUUGAUUAAAGAUUUUAUUUAUUUUACCCAAUUUUUGUAUUUUUUUCUAAUGUAAGUUUCUGUUGUAUUUUCUUUUCUUUGUUUUUUUACUCGUAUUCUGGAUUUAAUUAAACUGGGAAUUCGUAUUCUGGGACGGAUGGACGUACUCUCUCACUCACAUCUUGAAUUACCAAUUUAUAAUUGUCAAUUUCAUUAGAAAACUAUUGAAUCCUGAAUUUUUCUUUGAAAAUAAUAAUUUCUCAAUAUUUACUCCCUAAUAUAAUACUACUGUUUUGCCAUGGACUUUUCUAACGCAUUUGUAAUAAUGGAAAUGAUGUAUGUUACAAUGUGCAGUGGUUCACAAUCUCAUGCAACUAUUUCUCACAGGCUUCUAUUUUAAAACCACAAUGUAACAAUCUUUGUUACAAACAAGAUGCCGUGCAGGUUGAAAUAAGGCGACUAAUGGUGCAUGAACAGAGAAAAACAAGAGGAAACGAAAUACUAAAAAGCCACAAGGUCUUCCUGUGCAUAGGAGCAAAAAUACCAGAAACCAACUGUAAUUUGCUUAACUGCACUAGCACAGAAUGUGUAAAUACAUUCUUGCUGAAAUUCAUGUUUUCCUCUAGUGGGGUGCAAACGUGAUUUGUGUUCUUCCCACCAACCCAUAUCAUCUCUCCCCUCUGUUCCUCAAGGUUUUUAGACAAUAUUGUGCAUUAUUAACAAUUGAAUCUUGUAACAGCACGUUCUCAGCAGAUUAUUCUACCAAUGUGGUUAUCAAAGGUGAGGUAAUCACUUACCUUGUCCUAACUCCAGCUCUUGCAUACGUACACACACACACACACACACACUCUCUCUCAGUGAUAGUAGUUACUAAAUAACAAGUACAAAAACUUUAUCAAUUUUUCUCCUCUUAUGCUGAAAUAUUAUGGUAAACUGAAGCACUAUGUAUUUUCCUGUCUGUUUUGUUUAGAUGGGUUAAAUUUGAACUAUUCCUGCUUCGUAUGGAGUCAUUUGCUAUAUGGACUGAUUAUUGGUGCAGGUCCUAUGCAAUGUAAUACUGCAGGAUGUAGCACUGUGAGCAAAUUUAAACCACAGAGCAUUUACAGACAAUUGAAAUAGGAAGUAGAGCAACCGAGAAGGAAACACUCAAUAUGAUUCCAAAGGUAUUUCAGUGGUUUAAGUAAUUGGGGAAAUGGUGUUCAGUUCAGAGAAAUUUGUAUAGAAACAUAGAACCAAAGUUAAAAGAAUGCUUUACAUAGAACAAUGGUU